UUGUUGUCAGUCAUUGACAUUGUCAAGUCAAAGUUGUCAAAACCUAAAUAAAAAUAAUGUUAAUAAUAUUUUUGUUCAAUUUAAUAAAAAGAAAUCAUGUUGCUUAAAUGUAUAUUAUUUUGAUAAACCUAUUGUCGACGACCAAAAUCGAUAAAAAAUAUGUCGAGCGGCAAACUAGAUGUGAUUUGGUCGCCAGUCCACCAAGACAAGUUUAUCGUUUGGGGUCAAGACAUAACCCUGUAUGAGGUGUCUCGUCUUCAGGAUAUCGAAAAAAAGACUACAUUCACUCAGCUGUCAUCCACCAGAGGCGCAGUAGUGGUGGCUUCGCAGAGUGCCAGUGGAGUGCGCUGCGUGGACGUCAGUGCUGUAGCCGACCACCCAGAUCCUCUGCUGGCUCUGGGGCACGCCAGCGGCAAGGUUUCACUUACGAGCCUAAAACAGACUUAUGAUCCACUUGGAUUAGUAGGACAAGAAUUUGUGCCACGAUGCUCUCGUCCUUGCAACUCUGUGGUGUGGAACAGGACAGAGACCAACCUGCUGGCCGCUGGGCUGGAGAAGCACCGCAGUGACAGUUGCAUACUGCUGUGGGACGUGCAGACUUGCAGCUCUGAUGACUUCACAGAAAGUUCGUCCCCACCGGCGAGCGCGCCGCGGCCCUUGGCGGAGGUGGCCAUGGGUGAGACGGCGCACACUCUGUCGUGGUGUAGUUUCGCGCCCUGCACGCUGGUCGCCUCCAUGAACCUCAAGCAUCUGAAGAUAUACGACUUGAGAGAGGGCGGCGCGCGCGCCAGCAGCGCGGUGACCACGCGGCAGUGCUUCGGCGCGAGCGCGGCGCCGCAGGGCUGGCACGUGGCGUCGCGCGGGGACGGCGGCGUGGCCGUGUGGGACGCGCGCGCGCUCGCCCGCCCGCUACUCACGCUGCAGCUGCCGCGCCCGCCGCGCAAGAUACAGUGGAGCCCCACCAGACGCAACCUGCUGAUCUCGCUGCAGCGCGACGCCAGCUCGCUGCGGCUGCACGACAUCCAGCAGGCGCACGAGUACAAGGCGCAGUCCUCCUUCGACAGCGUGGCGUCGGCGACGGCGGCGCUGGAGGACGCGGAGACGGAGCCGGAGGAGGGCUCGGCGGUGGAGCGCGACGUGGCCGUGGGCGAGGCGCCACUGGCGUCGUUCGCCUGCCACCCCGCGCAGCGCGCGCGCCUGCUGACGCUGGCGCAGUCGGGCGCGCUGAGCGAGCACUCGGUGUGCGAGCGCGUGACGCUGUCGUGGGGCGCGGCGGGCGCGCUGGCGUGGGCGGGCGCGGGCGCGCUGCGCGGCAUGCACGCCUCCUUCUACGCGCACGUGCCCGACAUCUCACACACGGCGCGCAGGCGCGCCGCCACCGACUACGGGCUCAAGCCCGACCUGUGGCAGAACGCCGAGCUGGCGGAAGACGAGUCGCUGCGCGCGCUGUGGCACUUCCUGGCGCUCAGCAAGUCGCUCGUGGAGGACGGCUGCAUCCGCAACAGCCCGUGGAAGCACCCCGGCGUGCGCAGCGUGCUGCGGCCGCCGGGCGAGGGCUACCGCUCGGAGGCGGUGGCGCUGCUGCUGCCCGACCUGCCCAGCCGCAAGGUGACGGUGUACCGCAGCGCCGAGCGCACGCGCGCGCUGCAGCUGUGCGGCUGGGGCUGGGGCUGGGACAACGCGGGCGCGGGCGUGGAGCGCGCCGAGGCCGCCGGCACGCCGUGCCGCGCCGCCGCGCUCGCCGCCUUCCACCUGCGCCUGCGCGCCGCGCUCGACGUGCUGGCGCGCGCGCGCGAGCCGCGCCUGCGCGUGGCGGCGCUGGCGCUGGCGCCGGGCGACGAGCGGCUGUGGCGCGAGGCGCUGGCGGCCGCGGCGCCCGCGCUGCCCGACCCCUACCUGCGCGCGCUGCUGCACUUCCUGGCGGCGGCGCACGCGCCCGAGCCCGACUACGGCGCCGUGCUGGCGGAGGCGGGCGUGCGGCUGGAGGACCGCGUGGCGUUCGCGUGCACGUACCUGGCGGACGCGCCGCUGCACGAGUUCGUGGCGCGCACGGGCGAGGAGCUGCGCGCGCGCGGCUCGCUGGCGGCGCUGCUGCUGACGGGCGUGAGCGCGGACGGCGUGGGCGUGCUGCAGCGCUGGCUGGAGCGCAGCGGCGACGUGCAGUCGGCGGCGCUGGUGGCGGCGCGCUGCUGCCCGCCCGAGCUGCUGCGCGACGCGCGCGUGGCGGCGUGGCUGGCGGAGUACCGCGCGCUGCUGGACGCAUGGCGCCUGUGGUGGCCGCGCUGCCUGCUAGACACGUGGCUGGCGGCGGCGGGCGCGGGCGCGGGCGCGGCGGGCGCGGGCGUGGCCUGCACCUACUGCGGCAAGCCGGUGGCGGCGGCCGGCGCGCGCCCGCGCCCCGCCUUCGCGCGCCUGCCGCCGCCCGCCGCCAAGAUGAAGCAAAUCUCGUCGUGCCCCAACUGCCGCAAGCCGCUGCCGCGCUGCGGCGUGUGCUCGCUGCACCUGGGCACGGGCGCCGGCGGGGGCGCGCUGCCCGCCGCGCCGCCCGCGCCCGCGCCCGCCGCCGCCGCGCCCGCGCCCGCCGCCUCCUUCGGCGGCUGGUUCAGCUGGUGCGUGGCGUGCCGGCACGGCGGGCACGCCGCGCAUCUGCUGCAGUGGUUCAGCGAGCACUCCGAGUGUCCGGUGAGCUCGUGCAGCUGCCGCUGCGCCGCGCUCGACCCCCCGGACCCCGCGCCGCCGCCGCACCCCUAGCGACACGCCGCGCACCGCUCGCCGUGCCGUCGACGUGCGCUCGCCGUGCGGUGAACUGCGGCCGCACACCGACACACGUAUGACAUACGAGUUACUAAGGUAACUUCGAUUACAAAUGGUGCUGUUGUAAAUGAUGUCUAUAUAUUGUUUAAGCGAUAUUACAAUCAACAAGUGAUGUCCGGUAGUCAUGUAGUAUUUUUAUUGAUUUUAAUUUUAAUUAUCUUGUAAGCUUGCAAAUAGACUUAAUUUGCUAGUCUUUUACAUUAUUACAAAUUGUUAAAUAAGAUACUUUGUAUAUGACAUUUUAAAUUACAUGAAUCCACUAAUAAAUCUGGUUUUAAUUUCGUUGUUGGUAUAUAUAUAUAUAUUCAGUUGUGGGCAUACACUGAUAUGUUUGAGUAACGCGCCAUUUUAUUAUAUUUAUUUAUUUAUUUAGACAGGCCAACAACAUUUAUGCACACAAAAUAAUUUAUAUAAACGGCCUCCGUGGCGCAGUGGUUUGCGCGGUGGAUUUACAAAACGGAGGUCCUGGGUUUGAUUCCCGGCUGGGCAGAUUGAGAUUUUCUUAAUUUGUCUAGGUCUGGCUGGUGGGAGGCUUCGGCUGUGGCUAGUUACCACCCUAUAGGCAAAGACGUACCGCCAAGCGAUUUAGCGUUCCGGUACGAUGCCGUGUAGAAACCGAAAGGGGUGUGGAUUUUCAUCCUCCUCCUAACAAGUUAGCCCGUUUCCAUCUUAGGCUGCAUCAUCACUUACCAUCAGGUGAGAUUGUAGUCAAGGGCUAACUUGUAAAGAAUAAAAAAUAAAUAUAAAUAAAAUAAAAUAGACAUACUGGAAAUACAGAUUUAAAAUGUAAACAUCAAUAACUGGCUUGUACAGUGGACACAUGUAUGUAUGUGAUUGUAAAUUAAGACAUAUUUUUUUGACUAUGGAAAUAUUUUUUAUAAAAUGCAAUAUUCUUAAAUCAGUCAAUGUGGGUACUAUUUUAUAAUCAGAUUCGUUUUAAGUUAAGUGUGUACCUAUUAAUUACGGACUUUUUUGCCUUUUCCAUGUUUACAAAGUCAAUUAGUAAUAUAUUUUUAUCAUAAUUAUAAUAAUAAAUGUAUAAUAGACAA